AUGGCAGGACAGCUUGCCCAAACCCAGGCUCAGGAGGAACCGGUGCCACCCGAACCGUUACGACAGACCCGUCCACAGGACAUAGACACACAAGGCCUGUCUCUUGAGGCCAAACAUCUGAGGGAUUUCCAGAAGUAUGAUCCUCGCCCCUUUAAUGGAUCGUUAGGGGACCCCACCAAGGCAAAAAUGUGGUUGUCAUAUAUCGAGACAAUAUUUCAUUUUAUGAGGUGCUCGGAAGAGCACAAACUACAAUGCGCAGUCUUCAUGCUGACUAGUAACACGAAAAUCUGGUGGCGUUCGGCAGAAAAGAUGAUCGAUAUUGGAGGUGAACUUGCAACCUGGGAACAGUUCAAGGAACGCUUUUAUGAGAAGUACUUUUCGGCCAACACCCGAUACAAUAAACAGGCAGCAAGGACCGAGAGAUUUAUCCAGGGCCUGAGGAGCAGGCUGCGAGGGAUGGUGCAUGCCUUGGAUCACAAGACUUAUGUUGCGACACUGCGAGCCGCUGUAAGGAUUGAUGCCGACUCUCAGGUGGAAGAGGAAUACAGGAGAGUACGCAGGCUAGGAUUGGCAUGGAGGAUAGACCGAUAUGCACCACUUGCGAAGGGGCAUAUGGCAGAUAGAUGCCUGAGGAGGAAGGCGCCUGAGCACAGAGCUCGUAAGCUCAUUCUAGGGAGGCCCGAGCCGCUAGCAACAACAGGGGAAGACUCAGAAUCGUUGCCAUUUGCAUUGUCCAUUUCCACUCCAUUAGAAGAGAUCAUGUUAGCUACAGAAAAGAUAAAAGCAUGUCAAGUAGAUGUAGCCAAUCAUGCAUUAGAUGUAACCCUGAUAAUUUUAGAUAUACGCGAUUUUGAUGUUAUAUUAGGCAUGGAUUGGUUAGCUGCUAACCAUGCCAGCAUAGAUUGCUCCCGUGAGGAGGUCAUCUUUAACCCUCUUACAGGAGCUAGUUUUAAGUUUAAAAGGGUUGAGACUGUAGUCCUACCCAAAGUGAUAUCUGCUUUGAAGGCCAAUAGGCUAUUCGACCAAGGAGCCUGGGGCUUUAUGGCCAGUGUGGUGGACACCAGAGAGAUUGAAGUCACCUUAACUUCGAAGCCAAUAGUGAAGGAUUUUCCAGACGUGUUUUCAGAAGAUCUUCCCGGACUGUCCCCGCAGCGGGAGAUAGAUUUUGCCAUUGAAUUGGAGCUAGGCACAACCUCUAUUUUAAGGGCUCCGUAUAGGAUGGCCCUGGUAGAGUUGAAAGAGCUGAAAGUCCAAUUGCAAGAGUUUUUGGACAAGGGUUUCAUAUGCCCUAGUGUGUCACCAUGGGGUGCACCUGUUUUGUUUGUGAAAAAGAAGGAUGGAUCGUUACGUCUGUGCAUCGAUUACAGAGAGUUAAACAAGGUUAGGAUAAAGGACAGUGACAUACCCAAGACAGCUUUCCGUUCGAGGUAUAGAUAUUAUAAGUUCAUAGUGAUGUCAUUCGGUCUAACGAAUGCACCAACAGUGUUUAUAGAUCUGAUGAAUAGGGUGUUCCAAGAAUUCCUCGACACUUUCGUGAUUGUUUUUAUUGAUGAUAUCUUGAUUUAUUCCAAGACAAAGGCUGAGCAUGAGGAGCAUUUGCGGAAAGUUCUGGAAGCGUUGAGGGCCAAUAAGGUGUCCUUUCUAGGGCAUGUGGUAUCCAAGGAUGGUGUCUUUGUGGAUCCUGCAAAGGUGGAGGCAGUUACGGGUUGGGCUCGUCCAACCACGAGGCUGGUUUCAGCCCCAGUUCUUACAGUACCGGACGGAUCAGAUGGUUUUGUCAUUUGCAGUGAUGCAUCCAAGAAGGGGUUGGGAUGCGUAUUCAUGCAGCAAGGUAGAGUAGUUGCUUAUGCUUCACAUCAGCUGAAGAAGCACGAACAGAAUUAUCCUACACAUGACUUGGAUUUAGCAGCGGUGGUUUUUGCUCUCGAGAUCUGGAGACAUUACUUGUAUGGAGAGAAGAUACAGAUCUUCACCGACCACAAGAGUUUGAAGUACUUUUUCAUUCAGAAGAAGUUAAACAUGAGGCAAAAGAAGGUGGUUGGAACUAGUAAAGGAUUAUGA